UCAUCAGCCGAUAAUAUCGGACAUCUCUAUUUAACACCCCUGGUGUAUACCGUUUGGUCAGUCCAGUAAGUCAAUGUUGUUGUUUUUGUACAGGAGGGAGUUUUCAAGGACACACUGGACAAAUAUUUAUUAUCAUUUGAUAGAACUUUCCUCGCUUCCUCCCUGCAUGUCCUUUUUCCCCUGACUGACUUCAUUAUCUGUCUCAACCCAUCCCUUUGUGCUCCCAUUGGCUGGGAGCUAUGAUGACACAUUGGAGGCAGAGGCAAAGACUAUAAAAGCUCUUCUGCAGCUGUAUUCAGACACAGGGUUGAGCUGACUUCCGACUGAGGUUAUUUUAACCACCACUCCGACACACAAGAGACUCCACAAGCCCUGCCUGCCUGCAGCCAUGUGUAAAGGACUAGCAUCCCUGCCUACGUGCUGCUUGGAAAGAGCCAAAGAGCUGAAAGCAAGGCUAGGAAGCAUAUUGCAAAAACCUGACGGGAGUCUGUUCUGCUGCAAAGUAGGGAAAAACAGGGCAACCCUGGAGGAAUGUCUGAGGUGGAAAGAGUCAUUUGAGCAACUCCUCACCAGCAAAUACGGACUGUGCGCCUUCACCGCCUUCCUGUUAUCGGAAUUCAGCGAAGAGAACGUUGCCUUCUACUUUGCAUGUGAAGACUACAGAAGUACCAAGUCUCUCGCCAAGCUACCUGCAAAAGCCCAGAAAAUCUAUAAAGAAUUCAUAGGCAGCGAAGCUCCCCGAGAGAUUAACAUUGACCAUGAAACUCGUGACGCCACCAAGGCGAACAUGCUGUGCCCGUCGCUCUCCUGCUUCGACCAGGCCCAGCACAAGAUCUACAUGCUCAUGGCUAAAGACUGCUACCCACGCUUCUUGCGCUCACCCGCCUACGGUGAUCUCGUCAGCCAGGCCACAAAACAGCAUCGGUUGGGGAAGAAGGUUUGAGCUGGCUUUGCGGACCUCAUCAAGGAACGGGACCCGGAGGGCCGAACACGAGUGCAAAGCGUCCUCUGUUGACUCCUUUACUUUUAAAAGCUGAAAGGAAAAGAGAAAAAAAAAACUGAAGGGUGAUUGUUUGCUCAACUGGAAUGUUAGUGAGAAAGUUAUGCUGUGUCUCAAAAGGGGGUCUGUCUGUAAAUGUACGAGAAUGUGAAAAAGCUAAGACAGGGGUCCCUAAACUACGAUCCACGGGUCGGAUCUGGCUCGCCAGCGUUCACGAUCUGGCUCGUCCAAAGGAAAAUAAAAAAUAAAUUUUAUAUAUAUAUAUAUAUAUAUAUAUAUGUGUGUGUAUAUAUAUGUAUAUAUAUAUAGUUGAGGUUUCUGUGGUUUAUCCGUUAUACGGUGCUCAAUACCGGGGUAUAGCGGAAUAUAUAUAUAUAUAUAUACACUACCGUUCAAAAGUUUGGGGUCACCCAAACAAUUUUGUGGAAUAGCCUUCAUUUCUAAGAACAAGAAUAGACUGUCGAGUUUCAGAUGAAAGUUCUCUUUUUCUGGCCAUUUUGAGCAUUUAAUUGACCCCACAAAUGUGAUGCUCCAGAAACUCAAUCUGCUCAAAGGAAGGUCAGUUUUGUAGCUUCUGUAACGAGCUAAACUCUUUUCAGAUGAGUGAACAUGAUUGCACAAGGGUUUUCUAAUCAUCAAUUAGCCUUCCGAGCCAAUGAGCAAACACAUUGUACCAUUAGAACACUGGAGUGAUAGUUGCGGGAAAUGGGCCUCUAUACAACUAUGUAGAUAUUGCACCAAAAACCAGACAUUUGCAAUUUACCACAUUAGCAAUGUAUAGAGUGUAUUUUUUUAAAGUUAAGACUAGUUUAAAGUUAUCUUCAUUGAAAAGUACAGUGCUUUUCCUUCAAAAAUAAGGACAUUUCAAUGUGACCCCAAACUUUUGAACGGUAGUGUGUAUAUAUAUAUAUAUAUAUA